ACUCCCUCCCUCUCUCUCUCUAUCUCUCUCUCUCUCUCUCUUUCUCUUUGUUUCUCUUUUUAAGUGCCAAUUAUAAACCCACAGGGAACGGAGAUACUUCUUAUCAUGAAGUCCACGAAGAUUAGUGCCUGUCUUAUCAGUUCAAUGAAAGCUCGUUUCUCAUCCUGCACCCCUUAAUCGAUCUUGGGCGUGUUGUUCUCUGGUUUGGGGCUGCAUGCGGAUAGCCACGUAUUAUGCACUCAAACUGCCACGAGAGACGCACCGGAUUGAUGUUUUAAUUGGCCUUAUUCUUAAAACAGAUCGGCCUGGCCAGUGACUACCCUCGACUUCGUUUACUUUGGCGCAUACUCUUAAUCGAGGCGGUCAUUGUUUGUGGGGAGACAGGGUCCGGCGCAUCCCUUUCAUGGUUUCACGACAUCUCAGGCAAAUUAUUGCAACAUGUUGGGGUAUAUUUCCUUUGGAGGAUUGGACAGUGUAGACUUCCUGUGCUUCUCAUCACACAUUGAUAUCUCAGUGUUUAUUUAAGCAUAUGAUUUUAUUCUUUGAAUAUAUAGGGAAAUACUGCCUUAUUUUUACCUAUUCCCAUCUUUUAUCCUUUCCCUGUUCCAUCCCCUUUUUGAUUCACUUGUGGGUUUUGCACACCUCAUUCUGUUGCCCACUAUUGGCCAGCUGUGACAAUCAUUUCCUGGCCAACAUCAUCCCCUGAUCAAAACAUCUGUGCCUCUAACAACAGCCUUGAUAUACUGUAGCCGUAUCUACUUCGUUCUUCGUUCACUUCCUACAUCUUGCAUACAUAUCCUAUCUGUCUGUUUACUCCAAAUUUCCAUAUCGAUUCUCCCGAACAGUAAAAUGCGCCUUUUUCUAACUACCGCUCUCGUGGGGCUCGUUGGUUGGGUUUCCGCGUCUGCUGUUUCCACACGACAAUACUGUGGUCCAAAGUAUGAAAUGUGCGCUGCAGAGGGUGCCAUUUCAGCGGCUCCUCCUUCCAUUGGCCCAGACAUGCGAAAGCUUUUCGUCUCCGUGGUAGAAUCAGUUGACGUUACAAACCCCUGGAAGCGAGGGAUUACCAAACGUGUUGAUGCUGUUCAACGAGCUGAAUUGCCUGGUCUUUGCUGCAAGCUUGGAAUGGAAUGCCGGCUACUUGAGAAUUAUCAAACCUCUUUUUGCUGGGAUCGAUUUACAACAAACUUCUACCUUGUCGAUGGCUCCUAUGGCAGUAUUCUGACUGGAAUUUACAACACCUCCGCUAGCGACACUAUAGAUCUAGUCUCGGGCAAAUACACACGCUCCAACGGGGAAACAGGAAAUAUCUACGAUGGUGACGAAGCAUCUAAGCCUAAUACUAGCACUAUGGUUCUUCCUCCGGCAUGGACAAGCAAAGGUGUCGGUACUGCCAUUCCAGGCAGCGAACUGGGAGACGGAGCGACAUAUACAACCACCAUCCCUGGCAUCACUAAGGAUCCCGUGACUAUCCCGCCGUCCACAAUUCCUGCGUCAACCAUCGACGGCACAGUCAUACCGGGAACCACGAUCCCGGGUACAACUAUACCCGGAACUACAUCUCCUCCAUCUACACUCACCAAGACGAGACCAAACCCAAAUGAAACAGGGUCCCCGUCAGCAGCGGCUGGGGAGAAAAUAGUAGCUCUGCCUAUGAUUGAAGCGAUCUGUUGGCCUGCUCUAGUGCUUAUAGCAUUUUUAGGUCUGUAAUCGAACAUUGAAUUGGGUUCCUUUACAGGAAGGCAAACGGGUUUCAAAAAAUUUGGUAUCGUUUUGGCUACUACGCUACGUUGGAGGUUAUUUGUUCUCACCAAGUUUGCCCAUGUCUCCAUAGACGCAAGCCGCCAAGUCUUUGCGGAUGGAGAUAGCCCUAAACUUUGUCAAGCGUAAGCUAUCAGUGGGCUUCAAGACAUGUGAUUCCAAAUGCAAAAUGUAAUUUCACAAUAGAGAGCCAAGAAGCAGCUUCGGUACCCUAUAUUCAUUCCUCUUUUGUAUUUGUUCUCAUGAGUUUGUUCUGUUCCUGCUCACCUACGGUUUAGCGAUGAUAAGGCGAGUAUAUAUACGAGCGUCAAAGCAGUCAUAAUGACAGGAGUCCUUGAUCCACACUUACAUUACUGCGCUCGAUCAAUUCCUUAACGUUUAAGUCAAUAUUGCUCCCCUCAACUGAACAGGAACUAGUUAUUCUCCACGCCAAAAAGGACGGAAAAAUGUGUUUCUUGAAAUUCAUCAUCUCGACCGUACUACUUGCAUUCAUAAAACUAUUACCUUUCAAUGCGGCUGCGACUAAACAUGGACAGACAAGGGAGGUAUGUCGCCCCCAUUUAGUUCUGUUAUACCUGAAAAUCUCUGGUCUAGAAGCUGAGAAGGUUGUUGGAGUGUUGAAAAUCGUCCACUAUUAGCAAAUCAAUUAAAAGCGAAAAUGAGACUUCAGAGAUCGUCUAUUGGGCAUCUCGCGGCUCUCGCUCGAUACAAUAUCUUCAAUAGGUACCCUACCCUUUAACUAGAGAGACUAACAAAAGACUAUACAGGUUUCCUACUUUGCUGGUCCUAAUAAAACCAGCCUAGAGGGUAUCAUCCCAAAGGGUAUAUGCGAAAAUUUCAACAACGUCUUGUGCGUCCUAAUCCCCCCUACAGACCAGAAACAAAGCAAAUGACCACUGACAUCCCAUCUCCAUACCAAGUACCGGAAAUAGUGGCUCCCUAGAGAUUCCAUAUGGGAUAUAUUGCAGCAUCUACGAGUGUGGCCCCCUAUACUUUCCUGUAUUUACUUUCUUCCAUUGGGUUUGAGAAUCCCGCUAAUGAUGUAACGACUACUGCAUUGAAUAAUAGUUCGACAAACUGUACUGGCAACUGGAUCUUUCAGUUAAACCACCCAGGAAUUGAUGAUCUUUCGGCAAACCUUGUCCCAUACCUUAUUCCGCUGUCCAUGGAAUGUUUCGAAUAUGGAGACUGGUAGAGUUGCCACAGCCGAGGAAGGGGAUGAGAGGAAUUGGGCAGUUAAACUCGGAUUUGAAAAAAGGUGAGCUUUCACGUCAAGGGCUCUGAUGGUUAAAUGACUGCUUUGAGUCUUGGUCUGGGAGAUUUAUUUGAGUGACAAACCAAAGGAAACUCCCGCAGCCAAACUGAAGUCAAUUAACACGCACUUUGUACGUAUGCACAGUCGUACCUCGCCUCUCGUUAUUCUAUCAGGACUAAUCAGCUCGGUUAAAACGCAUGUACUGGGUAUACACGUGUCGGGUAUUUCGUAUGAAUAUAUCGGAAACGUAUGAAUCUCAUAUGUAACAAGAUAUGCUUAUUUCUUCUCUGUACCACUAUCUAUCCUAGCUAGUUCGAUACAAAAUAUAGGGAUUUUUAUAGGAAAAUGAAUGUGCGAGCCAAGAAGCUAGCAAUUAGUGAGUAUUAAUGAGCAAUUGUAGUAGGCUGAUGAUGAUAGGAAAAAUAGUAGUAAUAUGAUGUUAGUAGAGAUCAUAGCAUAUGACCUCUUAUUUCCCAA